AUGACGUCACUUCUUGUUUUUAAACGUCUUCCUUCAUAUGUAGAUCACGACUCAUUCCGUGUUGAAAUCAACAAUCAUAAAAAUGAAUGUAAAAGAAUUGAACAUUCAACUAAUAUUUGUUUAAAUGAAUCAUCAUCAUCACCAUCGCCACCAUCGCCACCACCACCACCAACCACAAUAACUCAUCAUACAAUUUCACCACUACUUGAUGAAACAUUACCAUUAGCUUAUAUACAAGAUGUACGAUUUCAUAUUAAUCAAUUAAAUGAGGAUGAUCACAAAUUAUUAGAACGUUACAAUGGUUUAUUGAUACAAUUACGUAAAGAGAAAAGACGUUUUCAUUAUUUAACUAAUCGUUGUCAAAGAUUAUUUAAACAACAAAAUGUUUUAGAGAAUUUUUCCAAUCAUUUAUUAUGGAAUGUUAGUAAUGAAAUGAAUGACUAUGAUGAUGAUGUUGGUAAGGAUGAGGAUGAUGAUGAGACUAAUCAUCAAUCUGUUUAUGGUCAUGUGAAUAAUUCAGACUAUUUGAAUUAUUUCAAUGAUCAUACAACUACUACUAUAACUAAUAUGAAAUUGCAUCAUACUACUAAUAACAAUAAUAAUAAUGAUUUCCUACAGUCAAGACAUUACCAGCAACAGCCGCAACAACAACAACGUCAACAAAAGUUUCGUCAAUUUUAUCAAAAUAAAUCAAAUAAUACAACAUUAAAAUCACAUCGUACACGUUCAUUGACACGUAUGAAAAAUAUGAUUAAAGAUUGUAAUGUCAAAGAUAAUAAGCAUUUCAACUCUAGUGUAAUCAUUCAAAAUGAAACAUUACAACUUAAUCAAAUUGAAGCAAUGCGUAAUUUUUUCGCCUUAUACACAGUACAAUCUCAACAAUUAGAUGAAGAUGCUAUCAAUGUUGAUGAAGAAUUAGAACAGUGUAAAAUUACCAUGAAUCAAUUAAUAGAACAACUGGAUGAAAUUGAAUUGUGUCGAAAUCAUUUAAUUUCCAAAGAACUUCAUGUACUUUUAGAAGCACAUUCGUCGUUGAAUCCAGAUUUAGAAAUCACAUAUACAGUAGAUCAUGUUUCAUGGACUCCUAGCUAUGAUAUCAGACUUUCAAGCGCUACUGCUACGUUAAAAAUUAUCUACUAUGGAACUAUACGUCAAAAUACUGGUGAAGAUUGGGAACUUGGCAAACUGACUUUAUCAACCGCUGAAUAUGAUCAUUUCAAUGAUGUACCAGAAUUGAAAUUAGAACAGUUAUCAUAUAAAACUAGUGAAAAUGUUCAACGUAGACGUCAACGUAUUGAUAAAUCAAUAAGAAAAUCAAAAGCACGUUCAUUUCACGCGGAUGAUUCAAUUGAUUACCAAACAGCAUCUUCAUUAACCCCAUUAAAAGAAAUAAUCACUGGACAUCAUCCUCAUAACAAUGAACGUAAAAAUGAGAAAACCAAUCGAACUGAUCAAACAACGGUUGAUUCAAGAAGCAGAUUAGAAUGUCAUCUGUUAAAUGGCGGCAAUCAUCAGAGAUCGUCAUCAACUCAACGAUAUUACACAAAUAAAAAUGAAAAUCAAUCGAGUCAUGAUUUAGAUUGUACUUUGAUUCGUCAUCCUUCAUCAUCAUUAGACAGUGUGGUAAUGAAACAAGACAGUGGAAAUAAGCCAUUCUAUAUGCAUAAUAAUUAUUCAUUAAAAACAGGAAAAUCAUCUACCAUUAAUAAUUUAUCCGAAAUAUCAAAUAGAAAUUAUUUUCCAUCACUCGCAUUUGAAAUACCGAAACCACCAAAAUAUAUAAAAGGUAAUGGUGAACCACAUCGUGUCACUAUUGGUACAUUGGAAUUUAAACCACAAUUACAAUAUGUGACAAUACCGAAACAAACACCAAAAGCAUUUCUACGUGCUACAAUGCAUAAUCUAUCUGAAUUUGCAUUAUUAGAAGGACAAGCAAGCGUGUAUAUUGAUAAUAAUUUUGUUGGAAAAACAAAAUUAUCUGCAACAGCUGUACAAGAAGAAUUCACAUGUGAAUUAGGCUAUGAUCCGGGUAUACGUGUAACCUAUAUGCCAAGACAUAAAUAUAAAAAAACUGGAACAUUUCUUGGGAAUAAAACCAUGUCCAUUAUAUUCAAACAAGUUAUCUCAGUGGAAAAUAGUUAUUCAAGAAGUAUGAAACUUUUAGUGAUUGAUCAAUUGCCAGUUAGUAAAGAGGAUAAAGUCAAAGUUCAACUUAUUGAACCAUCAAUUAAAAAUCCCGAUAAAUAUGAUCCAACAAAACCGGUAAGAAUAAGUAAAACAAAAUUAGUUGAAUGGGAUAUUGAACUUGCUCCAUAUGAAUCACGUGAACUUGUUUUAAAAUAUCUUGUCGAAUAUCCAGCCAUUAAAGAUAUUGAUAUUUCAUCAUUGGGAAUACGAUAAUGUGAAUGGGUAUUGGAAGCGAUAUAAUCAUGAAUACGAAAAAUGCACGAUAAACCAUUGGAAAGCUGCUUGUUUUACGAAUUUUUUUUUUUCAUUGACACGUCAAAUUUUUUUUUUUUUAAUACUGAAUACAGCAUUUUUAUAGAAGUUUCACCUUAAUCGUAAUAAGCCAUUAUUAUCUAAACAUUUUAAAACAUAACAAUA